AUGAGUGAUCCCAUAGCUGUUAUUGAAGAUACUGGAGGGAGAAUCAGAAAGCUAGAUGAAUCUGUGAUAAACAAAAUUGCAGCAGGAGAGAUUAUUAUUCAGCCAGCUAAUGCAUUAAAGGAAAUGUUGGAGAACUCGAUAGAUGCAAAAGCUACUAGCAUUGAAAUUAUGGUGCGUGAAGGUGGGCUAAAACUACUUCAAAUAACCGAUAAUGGGCAUGGUAUUGCAAAGGAGGAUUUGCCGCUACUAUGUGAAAGGUUUGCAACUUCAAAAUUGACAAAAUUUGAGGAUUUAGAGCUGAUUGCCACUUAUGGAUUCAGAGGUGAAGCAUUGAGCAGUAUAUCACAUAUAUCGCGAUUAUCGGUUAUAACUAAAAGAAGGGAGUCCAAGUUGGCAUAUAAGGCGUACUACAUGAAUGGCAAACUAUGUAAUCCUAGCUUUAAACUGAGUAAGGAGAACUAUGAACCAAAAGCAAUUGCAGGAAAAGAUGGUACUCAAGUAAUUGUUGAGGAUUUAUUCUACAACCUCCCUUCGCGACUCAAAGGAUUGAAAUCGAAAAGUGAUGAGUUUGCCAAGAUUUUGGAUAUUGUGGGUCGAUAUGCUAUACACUCGGGGCAUGUUGGAUUUAGCUGCAAGAAGUAUGGAGAUCCAUUGCAUCAGUUGAACACACGGGCAAACACUUUGUUGAAAGAAAGGAUCCGAAACGUUUAUGGAUCCGGCAUAGCUAAUGAGUUGUUGACUAUAGAUUUCAAGCCCAGUGAGGAGGAAGAUGGUGGCAAUAUGGCAUAUAAAGUAGAAGAAUUGGGGCUACUACGAGUUACAAGCGCAAUUACCAAUGCAAAUUACAAUAAUAAAAAACGAAUACCGCCAAUAAUCUUUAUCAACCAUCGAUUAGUUUCAUGUGAUCCUUUGCGAAGAGCUAUAAAUGGUGUUUUUCAAUCUUUCCUUCCAAGAGGAAGUUAUCCAUUUUUUUACAUAAGUUUGGAGAUUAAACCUGAGAACUUGGACGUUAAUGUUCAUCCCACAAAGAGAGAAGUUGGGUUUUUGAAUGAGGAUGCCAUAAUUGACUUGAUUGUGGCAAGAACUCAUCGAGCUUUGUCUAGUGUGGAUACUUCGAGAGAAUUUAAAGCACAAACUAUAGUAACAAAGAGGAGUAAUGAUUUGGAAGAAGAGAGGCUUCUGUUUGGUGAUAACCAAAGUCAAAGUCAAAGUCAAAGUCAGAGUCAGAGUACACAGCCCUUGAAGAAAUAUAGACAGGAGAAUAAAUUAGUUAGAGUUGAUGCAAGUCAGUCCAAGAUCAAUCCAUUUUUAUUGCAGCAGGUGGAAUCCAAUACUAGUUAUCCAGAUUUGAAGCAGCAACAACAACAAGAGUCUACUAAUCAAUAUCAAGCCACUAUAGAUGAUACAUGUCUCUCUACCCAAGAAUCCGAUUCCACAUAUAAACUUAACAGCAAUCGAACCCAAGUUCAAGUUAAUCUUGAAUCAAUAAUCAAUCUCAAAAAUGAAUUAGCUCAAUUCAUAGACAAACCUCUUACAAACGUCUUUAGUCAUGCAGUGUUUGUAGGAAUAGUUGAUCCUUUGAAGAGAUUAUGCUGUUUUCAGUAUGAUGUAAAGUUAUUUAUAUGUGAUUAUGCGGCAGUGUUGUUGGAAUUUUUCUAUCAAGUUUGUUUACAAGAGUUUUGCAAUUAUGGAGAAAUUGAAUUUGACGAGCCUAUUCCAUUAAGGCAGUUGCUUGAACCGUUAUACGAGAUCAAUGACGAUCUAGUCCCCGUUGAGAAUGUCAUUUCCUCCUUGGUUUCAAUGAGGGAGAUGUUUGAAGAGUAUUUUCAACUUGUAAUAGAUGAACAAGAUAAUUUAUGCAAAAUUCCAUUAAUCAUGUUGAAAAUUGAACCAGAUUAUAAGAAGCUACCAUAUUUUAUAUAUAGAUUGGGUACUAAGAUUAAUUAUCAAGAUGAAAAACAGUGUUUGCAAGGAAUAAUGAGACAAAUUGCAUUAUUGUAUUUACCUGAACCAUUUAAUGAAGCUGACGAAGAAGAUGGGCAAGAGAAAAGGAUGGAGAUGGAGAAUCAAUUGGAAAAUGUUUUACUACCUGAAUUGAAGAAACAAUUUUUGGCACCAAAGAAUUUGACACGAGAUAUUAUACAAAUUGCUGAUUUGCCAGGUUUAUAUAGAGUGUUUGAACGGUGUUGA